AUGUCCAGAAGGGAGCUUGGAGUAGAGCCGCUGCUGCAAAACGUCUUACCGGCGGCGGCGGUGGAUCGUGACGGCGGCGGUGGAUCGCGGCAGCGGCGGUGGAUCGUGGUGGUGGCGGUGGAUCGCGGCGGUGGAUCGUGGUGGUGGCGGUGGAUUGUGGUGGUGGCGGUGGAUCGUGGUGGUGGAUCGUGGUGGUGGCGGUGGAUUGUGGUGGUGGCGGUGGAUCGUGGUGGUGGCGGUGGAUCGUGGUGGUGGCGGUGGAUUGUGGUGGUGGCGGUGGAUUGUGGUGGUGGCGGUGGAUUGUGGUGGUGGCGGUGGAUUGUGGUGGUGGCGGUGGAUUGUGGUGGUGGCGGUGGAUCGCGGCGGUGGAUUGUGGUGGUGGCGGUGGAUCGUGGUGGUGGAUCGUGGUGGUGGCGGUGGAUUGUGGUGGUGGCGGUGGAUCGUGGUGGUGGCGGUGGAUCGUGGUGGUGGCGGUGGAUCGUGGUGGUGGCGGUGGAUUGUGGUGGUGGCGGUGGAUUGUGGUGGUGGCGGUGGAUCGCGGCGGUGGAUCGUGGUGGUGGCGGUGGAUCGCGGCAGCGGCGGUGGAUCGUGGUGGUGGCGGUGGAUCGCGGCAGCGGCGGUGGAUCGUGGUGGUGGCGGUGGAUUGUGGUGGUGGCGGUGGCGGUGGAUCGUGGUGGUGGCGGUGGAUCGCGGCAGCGGCGGUGGAUCGUGGUGGUGGCGGUGGGUCGCGGCGGCUACGAAUCAUGGCGGCCAGAGACCUCGGAAAGUCAGGCUUUUGUUCCCCAGAGUGAAGUGAACGGACAGAGAAAACCUCAGCGCACACGAGAGCUCUUCAGCGGCGAAGAGGAGACGAGUGGACAGAUGCAGCAAUCAUGCUCUUGUGCGUGUGGCGGAGGGGUCGGGUGCGGAGUAGCUGCCGGGGUCUGGGGGUCACGUCUUGUUCGCGCCCCCCCUCUCCGGGCGUCUAAUCAGGUGUGUGAUGUCACAGAGGUGUGUGAUGUCACAGAGGAGGUGUGUGAUGUCAUAGAGGUGUGUGAUGUCACAGAGGUGUGUGAUGUCACAGAGGAGGUGUGUGAUGUCAUAGAGGUGUGUGAUGUCACAGAGGUGUGUGAUGUCACAGAGGAGGUGUGUGAUGUCACAGAGGAGGUGUGUGAUGUCACAGAGGAGGUGUGUGAUGUCACAGAGGAGGUGUGUGAUGUCACAGAGGAGGUGUGUGAUGUCAUAGAGGUGUGUGAUGUCACAGAGGUGUGUGAUGUCACAGAGGUGUGUGAUGUCACAGAGGAGGUGUGUGAUGUCACAGAGGAGGUGUGUGAUGUCACAGAGGAGGUGUGUGAUGUCACAGAGGAGGUGUGUGAUGUCAUAGAGGUGUGUGAUGUCACAGAGGUGUGUGAUGUCACAGAGGAGGUGUGUGAUGUCACAGAGGAGGUGUGUGAUGUCAUAGAGGUGUGUGAUGUCACAGAAGAGGUGUGUGAUGUCACAGAGGAGGUGUGUGAUGUCACAAAGGAGGUGUGUGAUGUCACACAGUGGAUCUCUGGAUUGUGUUUUUAA